AUGGCGGCCGUCAAAGACGCCAACGGCCCACAGGCGAUGGGUGACACUCUGGAGGUCAUUGCAGCGACAUUUGCGAGGCGGUCAGACGUGGAUUCAUGCAAGAUGUGGAUGGACCAGAUUGCAAGUUACAUGUGUGUUGCCAUGAAUUCGAGAAACGAGGAACUUGGCAAGCAGCUGGAAAAGAUCGUGGGCGUGCUGAAGACACUGGAGCUGAACGCCAAGUCACGUUCUAACGUCCUUGUUGCACGACGUCGAAAGCAGCGUCCUCCUCCCCUCGCUUCUCCCAUCAUCGCCAGUGCACUGCAUAAGCACACAGCCUUGGCUGUGCAUCUCAGCGCUCAUAAGACCUUUGCCGUGGAAAAAACCGUUAACUUUUCCAACACUGACUUGACGAAUUUCAUCGAAUUUACUCUGUCAGGCCUUGCGAGCUUCGUCUAUUCUCUUCCGCUCGCCCAACGCAUUGGCCGAAGUCAAAGCAUGAAGUUGCGCCUGCGCUUUGAAAGCCUGGCUCUGUUCAUGAGAGGCUACCUUGUCAUUCAACGCUUGUUGCUCUCGGAGAAGCUGGGUGUUGCUGGGGUUGAGGUCCUGGAUCGUGGCCUCGCUGCAGAAGAAUUGUAA